UUUUUUUGAAGAAGACGAAAGAAAGUAAAAAAGAGUGGAAGAAGAGGGAAGAAGAGGGAAGAAGAGAGUGGAAUGCAAAUUGAGUGAAUGGAGUUGCAGAGGAAAGUAGCUGAAGCAAUUCAUGUCUUGAAUCACGAUCCUGAAUCUUCCAACAGAGUUGCCGCCAAUCAAUGGCUUGUUCAAUUCCAGCAAACUCCGGCGGCUUGGGACGUCUCUACUUCUCUCCUCACUUCUCCGAUUGUCUCUCUAUUCGACCUCCAAUUCUUCGCCGCCCAGAUUCUCCGUCGAAAGAUUCAGAACGAAGCAUCGAAUCUUCAAUCAACAGCCAAAGACGCUCUUCUCAACGCCCUUCUUCUAGCUGCCAAGAGAUACAGCUCCGGCGUUCCUCAGCUCUUGACGCAGAUAUGUCUAGCUCUCUCGGCGCUUCUUCUCCACGCUGAUCCUUAUUCAAAGCCCUUCGAUAAGCUAAUGUUCGCACUCCAGAAUCUUCAGGCCCACGAUGAUGGCAAUGUCGUCUUGCUCGAGCUUCUCACUGUCCUUCCUGAAGAAAUAUCUGACACUCGCCAUUUUUCUCAUCACACUGAUCUCCGUCAGGAGUUGCUCUCGCAUACUUCCAUGGUUCUUGAUUUCCUACUCCAGCAGUCUGAGAAGCAAUUCGCCUCCCCUGUUUACCCGCAUGACAACAGCCGCAAAAUCCUUCGUUGCUUACUGAGUUGGGUCCGUGCUGGAUGUUUCUCUGAGAUUCCACAAGGCGCCGUGCCUUCACAUCCCCUUCUUAACUAUGUAUUUAAUGCGCUGCAGGGUACUACUUUUGAUCUCUCUAUUGAGGUACUUGUUGAACUCGUGACUCGGCAUGAGGAUCUUCCUCAGGUUUUACUGUACAAAGUACAGUUGCUCAGAGAUACACUCCUUAAACCAGCUCUUAUAAAUGCUGAUCAAAAAGUUGUCUCUGGCCUGGCAUGCUUGAUGUCUGAGAUCGGACAGGCUGCACCAUGCUUGAUUGUUGAAGCAAGUUCUGAAGCGCUUAUUCUGACUGAUGCCCUUUUGAGCUGUGUGGCAUUUCCAAGUGAUGACUGGGAGAUUGCAGAUUCAACUGUACAGUUUUGGUCAACUUUUGCGACAUAUAUACUUAGCCUAGGUGGAAAUAGACAGAAUGACAGAAAUCGUGUGAAAGAUAUAUUUCUUCCAGUUUUCUCAGCUUUAGUUGAUGCUCUUGUGCUGCGCGCUCAGGUUGAUGAUUUUACCUCUAGUGAUGAGAGUCCAGGGCUUGACUUGCCUGAUGGCCUACUGCAUUUUAGAAAUAAUCUUCUUGAGCUCUUGGUAGAUAUUUGCCAGCUACUUCAUCCUACAACAUUUGUGAGUAAGUUAUUUUUUGGUGGCCUGCCUUCUUCAAAUGUUUCGAUGCCCUUGAGGGAGAUUGAGGCUAAGUUGUUUGCUCUUAAUGCGGUUUCUGAAAUUAUCUUGCAAGAGGGAGAGGCUUUUGAUUUUUCAUUGAUCAUGCAAUUGGUUUCUGCAUUCUCCGUUAGGCCAUCCAGCGAACUCAAGGGGUUUAUAUGUGUUGUAUACAGAUCACUGGCCGAUGUUGUUGGCUCUUAUUCAAGAUGGAUCUCUGUUUUCCCAAGUAAUGCCAGACCCUUGCUGUUAUUUCUUGCAGGAGGGAUUUCUGAACCUAUUUCUUCACAUGCUUGUGCCUCUGCUCUGCGUAGACUUUGUGAAGAUGCCCCAGCUCUAUUCCAGGAAUCAUCAAAUUUAGACAUCUUAAUGUGGAUAGGAGAGUGUUUGGAGCAGUGGAAUUUGGCGUUGGAAGAUGAAGACGAAGUCAUUAGCGCUAUCACUGUAAUCCUUGGCUCUGUCGCUAACAAAGAGCUGCAAAAUAAAUUAUUAACGCAAUUGCUCUCGUCAAGUUAUGGAGUUCUCUCAAAACUUGUAGAUGAUGACGUCGAGUCUUCUGGUAGACAGAGUCCAGCCACUUACUCACGUAUGUUAAGCUCUGUUACAAGAGGUCUUUACAGGAUUGGAACUGUAUUCAGUCACCUUGCGACGUCUCUGUCAUCUGUCCCUGUGGCAGAUGGUCCAAUUCUUUCUUUGUUGACUGUCUUCUGGCCCAUUUUGGAGAAGCUUUUUAGGUCUGAACACAUGGAGAAUGGCAGUUUAGCUGCAGCAGCAUGCCGUGCUCUUUCAGUGGCCGUUCAAUCGUCAGGUGAGCACUUUAUGCUACUACUACCCAGUGUACUGGACUGUCUAUCGAGAAACUUUCUGUCAUUUCAAAGCCAAGAAUGUUACAUAAGAACAGCCUGUGUAAUCGCUGAAGAAUUUUGUCACAAGGAGGAAUACGGGUCCUUGUUUAUCACUACGUUUGAGAGAUUUACUCAAGCAUCAUCACUGAUGGGAAUAAAUUCGUCAUAUAUAUGCGACCAAGAACCUGAUUUGGUGGAAGCAUAUGUGAAUUUUGCAUCAGCAUUAAUCCGCGGUUGUCAUAAGGAGUUGUUGGGUACUUCUGGAACACUUCUUGAAAUUUCUUUCCACAAAGCGGCUAUUUGUUGUACAGCUAUGCACCGAGGUGCUGCUUUAGCUGCAAUGUCAUACUUGUCAGGUUUCUUGGAGGUUUCGCUUUCUUCCAUGAUUGAAACCGUGAAUUGCAUAUCAGAAGGAUCAUUCAGUGUGGUCUCUGUCCAGGUUGUAUCUCACUGUGGAGAGGGACUUUUGUCUAAUCUAGUCUAUGCUCUACUUGGAGUUGCAGCUAUGUCAAGGGUCCAUAAGUGUUCCACAAUACUUCAACAAUUAGCUGCGAUCUGCAGUUUAUGUGAGAGGACUUCAUGGAAAGGAAUGUUGUGUUGGAAAUCUCUCCAAGGAUGGCUAAACUCAGCGGUGUGGGCACUUCCAAGCGAGUAUCUGAAGCAGGGAGAAGCAGAAAACAUAGUGCGGGAAUGGUCAGAAGCUCUGGGAGGAGCAGGGAUGGAUUACCUUGAGAACAAAAGCUGCAACUUUGGAAACAACAACAGUUCAGGAGGAGGACACAUGCAAGGGAAACACGGUCGAGCGUUGAAGCGAUUAGUGAGAGAUUUUGCGGAUUCUCAUCGAAACGAUCCAAAUCUAAACAUCAUAUAAAUCAUUCCAUCCUUUUUCAUUUUAAUUUGUUGCCUUACUGAUGAGGGCAAUGCAUCUUCUUCUUCUUCUUUUCUGUCAAUGCUCUGUUUCUGUUCUGAUGUAUAGUAGGAGGGGAAAGAACCUCAUGAAGAAUUUUAUAGAGGCAUUUCGUUUAGACUUUAGAUUGGUAAGAAUAAUACUACUGUACAUCCAUUGUUAACAUUUUAUUUAUUUUAAAAUUUA